GCCAGUCUCCCAGUGCCAUAGCAAGUUUUUUUUUAGUAUAAAUUUUCAAUAUAUUCUGCAGGUUCAUAGGCAUUAAAUAUCAUGGCUCAAAUUACCAAGGUUGAGGCUCAAGUAGAGAUAAAGUCAUCAACAGAAAAGUUGUAUGGCUUCUUUAAAAACCAAAUGGGACGUUUGGUUCAGAUGUUCCCUCAAAACUUCAAGAGUUGUGAAAUACUUGGAGGUGGUGAUGCAAUCACUACUGGCACAAUCAUGUCCUGGAAAUAUGACCUUGGAAAUGGACCAAUUUCAGUAAAAGUAAAAGCUGAAGCCAUAGAUGAGGAGAAAUCGAUUGCGUUUGUAGUUUUUGAUGGAGAUCUUCUGAAGUUGUACAACACUUUCAACACAAAAAUUCAUAUUUUCAAAGCCAGCAAUGGUAGUGCCCAAGCCAAAUGGUCCAUUGAAUUUGACAGGGCAAACCAAAAUGCUCCCAAUCCAAAUGAGAACUUGGAUUUGGCAAUUAAGAUCUUUAAAGGCGUCGAUGCUUACCUUUUACAAUAAUUGAUUAGAAAUUAUUAGUACCCUGUUUUGAUGUAUUUUUAUUUAAUAUAUUAUUGUAAAAAUUAAUAACUUUCUUUAUUUGAAAGCCAUAAUAAUAUUUUGUGAAAUUUUAUA